UUAAUGAGAGCAUGUAGCAGAAGAGGAGUAGGGUGGGGGAUAUAGAAUCUAUUGAAGGAGAAGGUCCUCAUUGCAACCAACCCUUUUCACCACAAACACCACCGUCGCCACCCUUUCUUACUACAAGUAGCUGUGCCUUGGUCUCUCUCUCUCUCUCUCUCUCUCUCUCUCUCUCUCUCUCUGCUCUCCCUUAUAUUUUUAAGUUUCCUCGGCAGCCGCAUCAGCAGCAGUAGAAAUGACUAAACAUGAAGACUUUAAGCUCCUCAAGAUACAGUCGGUCAUACUCAAAGUGAACAUACACUGUGAUGGGUGUAAGCAGGAGGUGAAGAAGCUUCUUCAAAGGAUUGAAGGAGUCUAUACAGUGAGCGUAGAUGCAGAGCAUCAGAAGGUCACAGUCUCAGGGAAUGUAGACUCCAAGACCCUGAUCAAGAAGCUGGCCAGAUCAGGCAAGCAUGCAGAGCUCUGGACUCAGAAGCCCAACAACCAGAGCCACAAGCCUAACCAGCAGCACCAAGCUACCCAUCCCCUUAAAGAUGGCAAGAAGAACACCAAAGGCCAGCCCAACCAGGCUCUCAUUCAAGGCCUCAGAGCCUUCAAGAACCAGCAUGGAAUGCUCGAUUCAUUCAGCUCCGACGAAGAGGACUGCGAUGACGACGAUGAGGAUGAUGAUGAUGAGCCUCGGCUCCCUGGCGAUAAGAUGAAUCAGUUCAAUCUGCUGAGGCAGGCGAACAAUGCAGCAGCGGCGGCGGCGGCGGCGGCCGCUAGUGCUAAGGAACAUGGCAACGCUGGAAAUGGCAACAAUGGAGCAGGAAAGAAGGGAGGAGGAAGCUCCAACCAGAACAUGGGGCUGAAGGGCCCAACUGGGCCAGAGCAGAAGGGCUUAAGUGGUGCACUCCCCAACAACAAGAUGGGCAAUGUUGGCCACUUUGGUGGUGGCAAUUUUAGUGCAGGGGAAGGCAAGAGGGUGGGUGACAUCAAUGGCUUAAUGGGCAUGGGAGGCCUCAAAGGGGUUGGGGGAAACAAUGGGUUGGUGUUCCACCAACCACAGAGCACCUUCCCCUCAGGUUUCCCAGCAACUGCUGCUGCUGCUGGUGGUGGUGGUGGUGGUAUUGGGCUUGGAGGGGCCCAGCAGGCAGCCAUGAUGGGGAACCUGCAGGGCUAUCAGAACCAUCCAUCAUCCAUGAUGAUGAACUCCAGAGGGCUCCACAACAACAUCCUGAUGAAUGAAAGCAGGUACAUGCAGCCCCAGAUGAUGUAUAAUAGGGCUCCUCAAAUCCCUCCUUACACUGGUUAUUACUAUCCCUACUACCCAAGUCCUUAUCCCAAUGCCCAGUCAGAGGCUGGUGACUAUGGUGCCCAUCUUUUCAGUGAUGAGAACACCAGCAGCUGUGCUGUGAUGUAAAAGAUGAGAGCUGCACUUGUAUCUGGGGGUGUGAGGUGUGUGUGGAACAAGUACUGUGUACUUCUGGUUGGUUUUCUUUUUCUGUCAUUCAGUCUUGCUCUAAAUGGUUCAUAUGGUGCUAUUUGACACUGAUGGCAGCCUGGGAUAUCCAUUUCAGGUGGCUAUUAAUAGUUUAUAUUACUACAUCUGUCUUAGCUUA